UCACCUAUGUUAGUCUUCGAGCAGGACUUCACGGAUUCAGCGAACACGAUCCUACUUGCAUGCAACACGCUGCGCGAGCUACGCACCACAUGUCACUCCGACGUGCUCAAGUUCAUGGACACCAUCGAGGCCGACUCGGGGGCCGACUCGGGGAUAUACAUCAUGACGGAAAGAGUGAAGCCGCUGUCUGUGACGCUGCCGCUGUGGGCGUCCAAGGGCGCGAAGGAGCGGGAG